UUAUUUAUUUAAUUUAGUUCUCCUUUUUUCAAAAUAUGGCAUCAUAUUUCGACGAAAAAGGAUUACCAGAUCCAUCGGCAACCAAGAAAAAAUCUUCAAACCAUAAUCCAGAUGUAUCUCAUUUUAUUGGAGCUUCUUCAUCGUCAUCAGGAAUUGGCACCAACGAAGCUAUUACGGAACAAUUUUUUCAUUUAGCAAAUUCAUUCAGUAUAUUAAGAGAUCAAAUACCGAAUAAUAACAGUAACCAUCAACAAUUUUUGGAUAAUUUAGUUACUCAAUUAUUAGAAGAAGCUAACGCAAGUGCAAAAGGGCCACCACCAGCUAGUAAGAAUUUUAUAAAAAAUUUACCCAAGGUAUCUAAAUCGGAAAUCAAAUCAGAUGAUACAUGUAUUAUAUGUGCGGAAAAUUUCUCUGCAAAUGAAAAAGUUAAUAUAACAAAAAUGCCUUGUAAUCAUAUGUUUGAUAAAGAUUGUAUUUUACCAUGGUUAGAACUACAUAAUACAUGUCCAAAUUGUAGAUAUGAAGUGGAAUCAGAUGAUCCAGAAUGGAAAAAGAAACAAAAAGAAAAACAAAUAAUUGAAGAUUCUGAAGAAGAAGAUCCAAAUUGGAUGUAUAUGUAGAAUUAUUUAUUAUGUCAGCAGAAAUGUUUUAAUUUAUUUUAAUAGUACUUUAAAUAUAGAUAAAUAUUAAUUUAUUUUAAUAAAUUUAAUAAAAUUUAAUUUCUUUUGAGUAUAUACUAUACUU